AUGUUCCUCAAUUCGACUCUCUCACUGGAAAGCUGCUAUCUUCUCACGAUUUCGGUUCGGACCCAUCGCCAGAUUUCCCAAUCUCGCAUCGGGAAAGCGUCUCUCCUUCUCUUUCCGCUGGUUAUCGCCUCCGCCGCCGGAGACGGCAGCAAUUGCAGUGACCCGAGAGGCCCGGGAAGCGGCAGCGGAAGCAUUAUGAAGGUCCAUCCUAUGCCCAAUAGGAGGAACAACAUAACAAUCCGGUACUAUAGAGGAGGAGACCUAGCCGCCGUCGGCGGCGGUAACAAGAAGCUGAGGAGGCUGCCCCACAUUUUCAAUCGGGUUCUGGAGCUGCCGUUCCGGUCGGAUGCUGAAGUGGUGGUGGAGGAAAGCCCCGAUUGCUUCCGAUUCGUGGCGGAGGCGGACGAUGUCGGUGAAGUUAGGGCUCACACCAUCGAAAUCCAUCCCGGGGUAACCAAAAUCGUGAUUCGGCCCAAUGGGCACAUGGAAUUGCCGUCACUGGACGAUUUGGAGUUGGACAUGUGGAGGUUCAGGCUGCCGGAAUCAACCCGACCCGAUCUAGCCAGCGCGGUUUUCACCGACGGGGAGCUGAUCGUUACGGUGCCCAAAGGGGAGGAAGUGGAUGAAGAAGGUGAUAAUAAUGGCAGCAGGGGCUAUAGAGGUAUGGGAAACAAUAAUAACAAUGCUAGGCUUGUGCUUGUACAGUGA